UUCCCCACUUCUCUCUUGCCCAUUUUGUUCUUACAAAUCUCUCUCGAGACAGGACAGGAGAGGAAAAACUUAAAAGCUCCAAAGAGAUUAUUUCCCAGAUUUCCAAACUUUCUACGUGACGAUGGCGCUUCGUGCUACUACUCAAGCGACUGCUCGUAUCGCGGCGAAUCUCGGACGUGUAGCUCGGCCUUUCUCAAGUGACGCGGUGGUGGAGUCGGAUUACAAGCGCGGUGAGAUCGGUAGUGUCUCCGGAAUCCCAGAGGAGCAUCUUGCACGAAAGGUGAUAAUAUACUCACCUGCAAGAACGGCGACACAGCAAGGAUCUGGAAAACUUGGGAAAUGGAAGAUCAAUUUCGUCUCCACCCUCAAGUGGGAGAACCCAUUGAUGGGGUGGACUUCUACGGGUGACCCUUAUGCCAAUGUUGGUGACUCCGCUCUUGGUUUUGAUUCCGAGGAAGCUGCCAAGUCUUUUGCUCAGCGUCAUGGCUGGGAUUAUGUGGUCAAGGAGCCCAAAACACCGUUGUUGAAGGCUAAGUCUUACUCUGACAACUUCAAGUGGAAAGGCAAGCCUCAACCACAGAACUGAUCACUACAUCAUCUUCGUCCAUCUCUCGGCCAAAAGGAGACACUUCGCUGUGAAGGCUCUCAUUUUUAUUCGUUAUUUUAGCAUCUGUGAGCUUUUUCACUGAACUAUAUCCAUGGUUGGAUUUUACUUUUAUUUUUUUCCUAUUUUCCCUUUACUACGACACAAUAAUAUGAUGAUGAUGAUGAUGACAAACACACCUCCUUGGGUAUUUCAUCAAGCUUUUAUGGUUAAUUUUACUUGAUCUA